ACAUUGAUACUCUGAUACAUGUAUGAAAUGUCUGCUUUUCCAGAUCUUUAUCAUAAAGUGGGAGGUGAGCUCCUGUUGAAACCAGACAAGUCCACAGUGCCUAACUCCAACACAAGCAUCCUAUGGAAGCAUGGGAAUAACAAGGUGGCAGAGUGGGACAAUGAUUUUGGUGGUCUGGACAUCUAUGCUGCCUUCAAAGGCCGUACAACCCUGAACCAGACUACUGGAGAGCUGAGAAUCAGUGGAUUGAUGAAAACAGACAGUGGAGUUUAUUCUGUGGAGUUCAACAGCAACCUGCUUGACAAGAUAUAUAAUCUAUCUGUUAUCAAGGCAAUCCCCAAACCAACAAUCACUUCUUCCUGUAACCCAGACAAAACCUCCUGCAUUCUAACCUGUGAGGGCAACACCACUGAUGCUGAACCAGUCACUUACAGCUGGAAAGUGGGAGAGGGAGCAUGGGAYGUUGUAGACAAACAGCUGAUUGUCUUUAAGAYCGACACUGGCAAAUCAACCAACAGUUACAAGUACAUCUGCAAGCUGAAUAACMCUGUUAGUGGGGAAGUCAGUGAGCCAGUUGGAGAGGUGUUUGUCUCAGGGCGCGACGGUGAGCCUAAAAGGGACGGCGGUGGCGGUACAGGGACUGGCGGCGGACUGGCGUCAGAGGUGGAGGCGGAGGCGAUUGCGGCAGAGGUGGAGGCGGCGGCGAUUGCGGCAGCGAUUGCAGCGGAGGCAGCUAUUGCAGGGGCGGCGAUGGCGGCGAUGUCGGCAGCGAUGGCGGCGAUUGCGGAGCCGCAGAUUGCGGAGGCUGCGAUUGCGGAGGCGACGAUUGCGGCGAAGGCGGCGAUUGCGAAGGUGGCGGAGGCGACGAUUGCGGAGGCGGCGAUUCCGAUAGCGGCUGCGGACCGGGGGCCGGCGGCGAUUCUGAAAGGGGCGGUGGCGGAGGCCCGAGGGCCGACSUGA